GAUUUAAAGUGAUGGAAAAACCCUUAUUAAAAAAGUAGCAGUUAUCUGUUAUGGACAAGUUGAAAGUACUCUUUAACACUGGAAAAAGUGGAGGGGAAGCAGCUAUCUUUUAGGCAUAUUUAAAUCUUUGAUACUUUCUUGGAUCCUUAGUGGCCAUCUACACCCUUGUUUUCAGAUGUUUUCUGUUAAUACCAACAUUGUUUAAGCUCUUAAAAGAAAAAAAUAUAAUAAUUUCAAAGCAAGCUUUAGUUUGGCUUAUCAUUAAUUUCUUUUAAAAUGUGGAUAAUUAAUUGAAAAUGAGGUUUGGCCUUUUUGUGAUGGUUUUAUGGUUAACCAGUCCUUUUUCCUAACAAUAAAAUUGAAAAGGAAAACAUUUUUAAUGUCAGAGAAUCUGUAGGCAUAUGAAUUACGAAAAAUGCUAUUAAUUUUACCUGAAUGUUGUUAAAGUUUUCUAUUCCCAAAGUGAUACCAAAUAUGAUUGUUCUUUUUUGUGUGUUGAAACAAGAAAUUAAUGUUUGAGCAUUUCUAAUUGUUCUUUUUGUAUGUGCGAGAUGGGUUUCAGGCUCUCAGCCAAUGGGGCUGCAUUGUGCUCACUUUGUUGCACUCAAGACUAGAUUUGCUAAAGAAGCAACUACCCUUGAGUAUUGGGCAGCCCACCAGCAGCUGCUUACUUAUCUUUUAGUGUUUCUAAUGGCUUUAGAACUUGUGAUAUGGGUUAGAGAGGGAUUCUUGGAAGAAGAGGAUUAAAAUUUAACAUUGCUGAUCCUAGUGGAGUUUAGCUGCACUACCUUCCUUUAGCCCUUUUCUCUUCUUUGUGAGGUUUUGAAGAAAUUGGAAGAUACUAAUGGCACAUCCAUCUGUUGCUGCAACAUUUGUUACAUUUCUUAAGAAUAAAAGGAGAAUAAGUCCAUAAAAAUAAAUAAAUAAAUAAAAUACCAACUAGCUUUGAUGGUAAAUGCUAGCCCAAAAAAGAGGCUAGAUGAUAAAUAAACUUGCUGUUAUUAUUGGGGACAUAGAAGGGGAUUUCUUCUUCUUCAGUAGACUCAUAUUAGCAGGUUUUUUUUUUUGGCCAUCCUCAUAUUAAUAGUUUACCUUACAAGUUGUAGCUUGUAUUGGAUUUGAAGCAACUCUUUGUAUUAUUUAGAGUAAUGUUUAUUCUAAUGGGAAUCCUCAGCUUCCUAUUGUAGUCAGCAAUUAAGCAAUGUAAACAUCUUUCAGUUUAUCAUUUUUCUAAAGUUGCCCCUUUCAAGACCUUGAAUCUGUGCUCUUAUUCUUGUCAGCCCAAAACUUCAUGCCUUUUCCCCAUACAGUGGCCAGUGCAGUAUUGUCUUAUGUGUUGUAUAAAUUUUAUUUAGCCAUAUUGUGUCCUUGUAUGUUGUAAAUCUUUGUGGGUGAUAUGCAAUUGUCCCUUUAUGAUUAGUGUUGCUGGUCAAUAUCAUUUUUUAAAAUAAGGAAAGUAUUUCAUU